ACUCGUAAGCACGAUCAGGCCGGCUUUUACGAGCGGCUCGAUAUAGCCGCUGCUGCGGUGCGCUCGCGGCGUGAAACGAAACGGCGUAUGUACGAAAGCAGGUACUGAACGCGUGUGUUAAACGUCUCUUCCAUUCUCACCGGACGAAUCCAACGCGAGUGGAAUAAUUAAUAAAAGAGGCGACCCAGCCAGGAACAGCUAGGACAUAUACAUAUAUCGACGAAAGUGGUUCCGCGCCGGCAGACAUGGGGCUCAAGGAUUUCCGUGUAAUCUUCGACAAUCCUUGGAGCACGUAUUAUCCAGGACAGACGGUCAGCGGGAAUAUUAUCGUCGUGCUGGAUAGCACAAAGAAGAUCCGCGGCAUUAGCGUGAAAAUAAAAGGUUUCGCGAAUACAUGUUGGACAACGGACAAACAAGAAAUGGACGAGAGGGGGCAAUACAGAGAAGGAACCGAAACGGUUUCCGGUCACGAAGAAUAUUUCGAAACGAAAUAUUAUCUUGUCGGAUCGGCUUCGGGUGGUGAGAUCGAAGUACAAAGCGGCGAACACAAGUUCCCAUUUAAGUGUGCGUUGCCCAUGAACAUACCGAGUAGUUUCGAGUCUGAUUUUGGGUACGUCCGGUAUAUCGUCAAGGCAACAUUGGAUCGUCCAUGGAAGUUCGAUCAUGAUGUGAAAAUUCCUUUCACGGUGGUGCAACCAUUUGACCUUAAUCAAGAACAAAGAGCUUCGGAGAAAGUUCAAGAGGAGAUGACCAAAACGUUUUGCUGUUUAUGUUGCGCGAGUGCGCCUUUGACCGUCAACUAUUCUUUACCAGUCAGAGGUUAUGUACCGGGACAGGCAAUGCCAGUAGCGAUUAACGUUGAAAAUGCGUCUGGAGUAACGGUGGAUACUGUGAAGCUCGUUCUCUGUAAGAUCGUAACUUUCCGCGCAACCACACCGAGUACCGAUACCAGAACGGAAGAAAUCGUGGUAGCGGAAGUUGGCAAAGGACCCGUCGAAGGUGGAGGAACGGCCGAAUAUCUACAGUAUCUCGAUAUUCCCCCGCUACCGCCGUCAAAUCUCGCGAAUUGUGGGAUCAUCGAUCUAGAGUACAAUCUGAAGAUUGUCGCAUGUGUGUCAGGAUGGUAUCACAGAAAUUUGUCUAGAAACACUCUCAUAUUUGUGGGCACGAUACCGUUAGUAAACUAUCAGACUCCCAGCGCUCCGCUGAUGGAUCCGUCGAAACCGGAAAUUGGAUGGACGCCGCCGGAAGGAAUCGCAACAUCGAAUUUAUACCCGAAUUUACCUCCGCCAUCAUACGAGGAGUCGACCAAUGGUGCUAGAAGUCUAUGGGAACGUGGCGAAUCCGAUCAUAUUUUCGGCAUAACGAAUCGUUUUGCUCCAAAAUAUCCGGUGUACAAUUUUGGACCUGUUCAAUGAACAACGAAGCAAAGACUAUACUAAUCUAAAGGGAAAUCACGUGUUUUAUA